CGUCUUGUCUCCGUGAGCCGCCAUGCCCGAACCGCGCGGACGGUGCGAGCUGCGGGUGAACGAGGCCUUUGCGGCGCGGUACGGACGCUACCGGCAGCGCGAGGAGCUGCAAAAGCUAAAGGACCGAUACGGGGACCGCGGGAGCGGCGCCGAGUCCAGCUCGGACUCCGACUCCAGUGACGAGCGUGUGGAGUUUGACCCUGAACUUGACAAGGGCUUUUACCGAACCCUGUCCCUGUUGAAGAAGAAGGACCCCAGGAUCUACCAGGAGGGUGCCACAUUCUAUAACGAGGCUGAAUCCUCCUCUUCAGGGGAAGAUGAUAAACCCUCAGAGAAAGAGAAGAAAAAGAAGAAAGAAAGGCCCAUGUACUUAAAGGACUAUGAGAGAAGGGUCAUUCUGGAAAAGGAAGGGAAGUACGUAGAUGAGGAGGACUCUGACCAGGAAGCCGAAAGGCAGAAGCAUCGGCAAACUACCUCCCGAAGUUACGUUGAAGAGCAGAAGCGGCUCAAGGAGAGCUUCCGGCAGUUUGUCGCAGACAGCGACGAGGAGGAAAGCGCCGGUGAGGGUGGCUCCAGUCUGCUGAAGAAACGGACCAAGACCAAGGAGGAGAAGGCUCGGGAGGAGGCCGACUAUGUAGACUGGCUAAAGGGGCAGAAAGACAGCAAAGACAAGGAGGACCUGAAGGAGCUGACCCAUCUCAAAGAGUAUUGGAGCAACCCACAACUGGAUGAUGGGGAGAAAUUCCUGAGAGACUAUAUUCUGAACAGGGGCUAUGAGGAGGAGGAGGAAGAGGAAGAGGAGGAAGAGGAGGAGGACAACGACAAAGGAUUUCCCAGUGCUGGAGGGCAACUGAAAGUGGAAGACUCAUCUGAUGAGGGAGAGCUGUUCCUGAGGAAGCAGGAGGACUUUGAGAGGAAGUAUAACUUCCGCUUUGAGGAGCCAGAUGCUGAGCAGGUAAAGACCUACCCCAGGACCAUUGCCUCCUCUGUUCGGAGGAAGGACGAACGGAGGAAGGAAAAGCGGGAGGCGACUCGGGAGCGCAAGAAGAAGGAAAAGCUGAAGAAGCAGGAAGAAUUAAAGCAGCUGAAAAAUCUGAAACGCAGAGAGAUUCUGAACAAACUGGAGAAGCUUCGGGAGAUCACAGGCAACGAGGACACAGGCUUCGAAGAGGCUGACCUGGAGGGAGAUUUCGACCCUGCCAUGCACGACCAGCUCAUGCAGAAGUGCUUUGGAGAUGAGUACUAUGGCAUUGGAGAGGAGGAGAAGCCUCAGUUUGAGGAGGAGGAGGGGAUUGAUGAUGAAUGGAACUGGGAUACGUGGACAGGGGCUGAGGAGAAUGGAACCUGGAGGGAGGAAGAGGCGGUGGAGCCCCACUGCGAAGACCCUGACUUCAAUAUGGAUGCAGAUUAUGACCCCAGUCAACCAUCUGUCAUGAGUGGGAAGAAGAAAAAAAAGAAGUGGGAUGUGCCGCUGACUGGCAAGAAGAGGCGGAAAUCCCACUUUGCCCAAGUUGUCAGCCAGGAGAGACCCAUCUUUGACCCUGAGGACAAAACCUUUGAGGAGUACCUGGAUGAAUACUACAGGCUGGACUAUGAGGACAUCAUUGACGAUCUGCCCUGCCGCUUCAAGUACCGCUCAGUUGUGCCCUGCGAUUUUGGCCUGACCACAGAGGAGAUCCUGGCCUCGGAUGACAAGGAGCUGAACCGCUGGUGCUCUCUCAAGAAGACAUGCAUGUACAGAUCGGAGCAGGAGGAGAUGCGAGAGCAGAAGCAGUACAGCCUGAAGGCAAAGAACAUGCGGAAGAAGCAGCAGAUCCUGCAGUCUCUCACCCAAUUGACUGAGGAGACCUCUGACCCAGCGCACAUGCUCAAGAAAAGGGGCCAGGGACCGGAGUCCCUGAAUGAGAGCAGCAGAAAGAAGCCCAAGCUGGAGAUCACCUCUGAGGAAGAAGAGGAAGAAGACUUCCUAGUACCCAAAGCUAAAGGCACAGGGACCCAGAAGAAGCUAGAUGGGCCUGGGCCCUUAUCUGAGACUCAGGUGGCCCCACCUCCAAGAUCCAAGAGAAGUCUUCAUGGCAGAAAAGGGAGACUUCUGGGACCUCGGGUGAAGGUGGGGGGCUUCCAGUUCAGCCACCAGAGAUUGCAGGCCUAUGGGUUAAAUGCAAAGCGGCUACAUUACCGCCAGCUGGGCCGAGAAAGAAGAAAGCGGGCCCGGGCCCAGGCCCAGGCAGCAGCCUGAGCAUCCCAGCUCUCUGGGGCUAGGGCAGAGCUGGAGGUAUGAAAUAAAAGUAGGUUUAUAUACAACACUGCCCAAGUGAGGGGCACCUGUGGGGCUGGAACAUGAGCUUUGCUCGCUGUGUGACCCUUCCCUUUUUUGGGCCCCAUUUCCUCUCCAGGUAAAAUGACACGGAAGGAACUCCAAGCUUCCUUUGAGCUCUUGAUGCUGUGAAUCCAACUGGUUGAUGGCCUUGAAGGCCUAAAUUCUAAAAGCUUCGUGGCCAUCCACAGGUCUCUCCCUCAGUCUUCUAGGCAUGGGAGGUAGAAGUUCCCAUAGCAGGGAUAUCUUCUUAAGAGACAGCUGUCAACAUGGCUGUCUUGGGCAGAGGGACUCCGUUUCCUUAGCCCCAGUGGGCAGAACUGGGAAUAGAUUUCCUAACCAUUGGGAUGGCCUGCCCCAGGAAGCACCGAAAUGCAUUCAGACACUU